AUGAGCGACUACGCGAUGGCGGCGGUGGCGACCACAGCGGCAUCUCCUGGAGUGAGGCUGGUGAAGGGGGAGGAGCCGCAACACCAUCUCCUACAAUGCGAGAAGUCUGGCGUCGUGUGCUGCGAAGGCGAUGGUUGCGUGGGUAGAGAACCCUGGCCUGUCCACCAUGUGCGGCACAGGGGGAACCUGCGCCGCCUCUGCACCUCCUGCGUCCUUGGGUGCCACCGGGAGUCUUUCUGCUCCCACUGUUUUGAGCUGCUCGAUAGAGGAGGUGUCGGCGGACGGACGUCCGCUCUCGUUCACUGCUCCGAAUGCUCGUCGGUAUGCCACGCUGCCUGCCUGCCAGACGCCAGGGAGCCCGGUGACUAUGUCUGUCCGUGCUGCGCCAACCCCGAAGGUUUCUCAUAUUUUCGGGUUGACCUCGACUGUGAUGUGGAGGCCGCUGUGUCGCCUAGAAAGAAGGCUACGGUUGCGAAGGAAAAGCGUGUGAUGAAUGGACAAUGGCGGCGGGUGAUUGAUCGUAAGUCCGCGAAGGUGCUUCUCGUUGCCUCUCAACUGGCAUCAGCUUCGAUGAAGAGGGCAGUUUCUUUUUCCCGGAACAAGGUGGAGAGGAAGGCCAAGGAUGCAGCUAUCGCCAGGAAGAAAGCCGAGGAGAUGCUUGCCAAAGUGUUUAUGGCAGCGAAGGAGGAGGAUGAAAAGAGAGGCUAG